UAAAUAUCAAUCUGUAUACGAGCUCUACAAUUGCAUUAAGCUUACAAAAUUAUAAUUAACUUUCUAAAGCUUCAUAAGAAUUUAAUUUCAGUGUCUUUUGCAUUAAUAUCUCAUUUUGAUCAUGGAUUCUAGCUCUGAUAUUUCGAGGAUACUAUUCAAUGCCACUUCAUAUAGAUUUGGUGCUUCAAAUGAGACUUCAAGAGGUGGGUUUGUAUCAACAAACUCAUUGGUUUUGGAUAGUGAGAAAGGAGAAUUAGUGAAGUCCCCUCCAAUAAUUAAUGGAGAGAAAAAGAUUUGUGAUGCUAACAAAACUUUAGUGGCUUUGAAGAAUCAUAGGGAAGCAGAGAGGAAGAGAAGAAACAGAAUUAAUGGUCAUCUUGCUAAACUCCGUGCACUAGUGCCCUCCUCUCCAAAGAUGGACAAAGCAACUUUACUAGCUGAGGUUAUUAGGCAAGUGAAGCAUUUGAAAAAAAAUGCAGAUGAAGCAAGCAAAGGUUAUUCAAUUCCAACAGACGAUGAUGAAGUGAAAGUUGAACCAUAUGAAAAUGGUGGAUCAUUUCUUUACAAAGCAUCUAUCAGCUGCGAUUAUCGACCAGAACUUCUAUCUGAUCUAAGACAAACUCUUGAUAAACUUCAACUACAAUUGGUAAGGGAAGAAAUAUCAACUUUGGGAGACAGGGUUAAGAAUGAAUUUGUCUACACAUGUUGUAAAGUAGACAUUUAUGAUAUUGAACUAUGUCCACUUAUUGCAAGUAAUGUUCAUCAGGCACUGAGUUCUGUACUGGAAAGGGCUUCUACCUCGAUGGACUACUCGUUAAGAACACCACGUCCUUGCAAACAGAUGCAGCAGACAUCUACUAUGUCAUGCAACCAUGAAUUUUGCUCUUGUUGAUGCCAAACAUUUUGGUUCGUUAAUUGAUAACCGGUUUAAAUGCAUUUUUAGUCUCCAAUUUUUACUGAUUUAUGAUUUUGGUUCUCAUAUUUCUAAACUCGUUAUUUUGGUUCCCCAAAUUUUAAAAUGUCUAAUUUUUUUUCAUCUAAUUAGAUUGAGUUUUGAUGAUAUGACAAUUUAGAUGCUUACGUGGCUAUUCAGUUGAUGACAUGACACUAUCUAGGUCGAUUUUCACUUAAUAACUCAUUUUUUCGUGUCAUCAGUUCAGUUUUCAUAUAAGUAGGUCACUUGUCACAUUAAAAAAAACCAACCUUAAAUGCAUAAAUGGAAAAAAUAGAUGAUAUUUUCAAAAUUGGGGACGAAAACCAUUGAUUUAAAGUGCAAGGACCAAAAUAAAAAUUAGACAAAAUAGUGAGACUAAAAGUGCAUUUAAAUUUGAAUACUAUGCUAAGUAAUAAAUAGUAGUUUUUUGUUCUUGAUGUGGUGGAUAGCAGAAUUGUUUUUUUAUCCUGCAGGCAAAGAUUUUUUACUAAAUUGCAAACACCUCUAAGUCGAAGGGUUGAAGCUGCCACAACUACUAUUGUUAUUAUUAUUUCUGUUGCUAGUAUCAUCUAUCAACUGAUUGUAACUUGAGUCUGUUGUAAAUUUGUUAUCAUUUGGUAACAUUUACAUCAAAGUUCUGUGUUUAUCUUGUAUGGCUACAAAAUAAGGAUGUUAUUGUUAACUUCAUAGAUGUCAGUGUUGGGAUACUUAGAAGAGUAACUCAGAUACUAUUAGUAUAUGUACUGCAGAUUAUCAUAAUAUUUUUGUUAUUCAUUAUCUUAUUA